ACUUUUUUUGUCGUUGAAGCGAACACUUAAGUAUGACGUACACGAAGUGCUCAAAGUCCCUCCUCGCUUGCAGUUUAGUGUUCACGUGUGGCUCCAAUGAAGAUGUUAAAGAGACCGAAUAUACUUUUAACCGGUACCCCCGGUGUUGGGAAAACCACACUGGGUAAAGAGUUGGCACAGAGAACGGGACUGACAUACAUAAACGUGGGGGACCUGGCACAGGAAAGUGAGUUGUAUGAUGGAUUUGAUGAAGAGUACCAAUGCCCUAUAUUGGAUGAAGAUAGGGUAGUUGAUGAGCUGGAAGACAAGAUGGGCGAGGGGGGCAUGAUUGUCGAUUACCACGGCUGUGACUUCUUUCCGGAGCGCUGGUUUCACAUCGUGUUUGUGCUCCGCACUGAAAACUCAGUCCUCUACAACAGGCUAGAGAGCAGGGGCUACAAAGGGAAGAAGCUUCAGGACAAUAUCCAGUGUGAGAUUUUCCAGACCAUUUACGAAGAGGCCAUGGAGUCUUACAAAGAGGAGAUCGUGCACCAGUUGCCUAGCAACAACCCUGAGGACCUGGAGAGGAACAUGGAGCAGAUUCUGCAGUGGAUAGAGCAGUGGAUGAAGGAUAACAACUGAACUGGACCUGCCGUUCCACGGAGGCCCCGCCGUCUCCGCCGUCUCCUCGCAGAGUCACCCAGCGGCGCUCCCUUGUCUUGCGUUGCAGGAGAUGCUGUCAUCUGAUUCACAGACCCUGAUUAGCAGUAAUGCUGAAGCUCUUCCGGGCCUGUGAAGUCUGCCGUUGUCGUUCUAUUAAUAUAGCAAGCGCAUGACACAAAAUAUUAUCUUGAACGCUUACCCCAGGGUCACACUUUAUUUUAAGGGUUUAUUUACUGUCAACAACAGCAGCUUUAAUCCAAGGUUCGUUCAUGUUUAGUGACCUAUUUCUAAAGUAAUUGAAAGUAGUUGGCAAGUCGUUGUGUCGUUGGAAUUGGGUUUGGUUGGCUUGAAAACAGUUUAGGAGACAGGAAGAGAGCAGGUUUUGUAUGAUUACAGACUUUGAAGACAUACAGGAAGUCUUUCUCAAAAUGUGUGUUUCUUUUAGUGUUUCUAAAUGUACCACUAUGGAGUCUUUUACAGUUUAGAAAUACUAAAAGAAACUAAUGACAAACGUUUAUAGUUCUGGAAGAUUUAGGAAACUUGUUGUUCAUGUAAAACAGUGCCUCUAAAAAGUGUGACAUGCCCAAACAAUCAAUUUAAACUUGGAUUCAUAUCUAUCCCUUUUGGGGCAAGAAUUAUCUUUUUUUUUUCAUAUUUUAUAAUAUUUAAAACCAAAUUAUUUACUUUUUUAUGUAUAUCAAGAUAAUAUUUUUGUGCAUGUAUUGUAUUGCUUUAAUGUAAAGCAUGUUAGUGGGAGUCUAACCACUAUUUUUGCAUUAGACUCUUAUUCAAAUUUAGACUGCAUCUUGUAUAAUAUAAAUUAUUUCCAUGAAAUACUAGUUUCGGAUAAAGAGAAAGACAUCUUUUGCAUACAAAUGUGUAUGGUUCGACUUCACUCAAUUGAAUUUGAUAAUUCCUCAAAUUGAACAAUGUGUACUGCCUCUGUAUUAGAAUGCAUUGUAUUACAAAAAUUGUGGGGAACUCUUUUGGAAAUGUAGUAAACAGAAACGUGAAUGGCG